CAGAUAAGUUCCUAGUGCUUGGAGGACAUUCGAGGGAACCGUCAGCGACGUGACGAGGGUGUCGUGCUAAACUGUGAAGAGGAAAAGCCGCUGGUAUAUCUUUGAGAGACACAUUCAGUUAAUAACCAGCCGGAUAAAAGCCUUUACUGGCCAGAUUACUGAGCUACGGUAAAAUGCAUUUCAAGAACGACUCUUCCAGCUUUGAGCGGUUCCUGAGUUAUGAAGGUGUGAUACCAUCUCCAUAAACUGUCCUUGUAGGACCGUUAAUUAAGCUGUGUUUAUGGAGAACUUUCCUGCAGUGUGGCACUAUGCUGAGAUCCAGCUGGACCGUCACCCAGAGACAAAGGCCAGCAGUGGGAAUCUGGAGCCAGCAGAAAGCCCGUCUGUGUGUAUUUAUGUGUUUGUAUGGACAGGUUCUGAGAAAAUGUCUCAUUAAUAGCCUGACCUAAAAAGCAGGCACUGCAGUGAUGUUCCUCUCAAUACUGAUCGCACACGUAACUUGCACACUGUUUAUGAUACAUUUUCAUGGGGUCGAUAAAAACCCAGUCGACUCACACCUUGUGAGUCCACCCUGUAAUGGGCCGACCCCCGCCCCCAAAGCAUGAAGAUGGUAAAGCAUCUCUUGUCUGGCAGAAUGACAGUGUGGACUGCAUCAGGAUCCAGUCGGUGCAUCACUGGACUGUAACUGCUUAAAGUGUGGUGUUGCGCUAACGAACGAAUGCACAGCGCGUGGAUUUACCAACCCCCCCGGAUAUUAAAUUAGAGGAGUAAACACGGUAAUCUGCCUAGACACCUGGGAGUUUUGAGGAAUUCCGUACUACGUUCUGGUAACUGUGGAGGAUCGUGUAUCUCUGGUGGAAUUUUGUUAUAUAAAGGGGUCAGUAAGUACAACAUAUAACUUUUCUGUAACAAAAAACGCGCAUUAACUCAACUUAAUUAUUCGACAGUUGUAUGUAGCCUGAUUAUUAAGACCUGAAUUGUUGCGUUGGGAACCGCAAUCUCCGUUUCGUGCUGUUUUUAAUCAAUGAGCACCAUUAUUUUGAAACUGUAACCAUUUUGAACGAAUUUUUAUUCGGACUAGUAAACAUGGAUCUGGAUUUUUGUGUGGCUGUGUACGUACUGGCUUUAUCAUUCGGUUUUGGCAUGAAGGAGACCACGUGUCAGCAUUACGAUAUCUUCCGUCCGAUUCCAAGUGACAUCUUACCACCUGUGGUACUCAUAGAACAUCCCGAUCCCAUGUUUGAUCCUGAGGAGAAAGACCUUAAUGAAACCGAACUGCGAAAUUUACUGGGAAGCCACUUCGAUUCACUGUUCAUGUCCACAACUCCGCUGGAAGACAAACACACAUCUAAUGGCCAAGUGGACAGUCUGGAAGAAGUACAUCUGCCCAACGGAUCUAUGCCCGCUUUAAUAAAGUCUCUGGAGUUUGACGUUUUGCACGGCAAGAAGCAAAGCAGUAGAAAACUGCAACGAAAGCUGCAGCUUUGGCUCUGGACUUACGCGUCCUGUCCGGUGGUGUACGCUUGGAACGACCUAGGACGCCGAUUUUGGCCACGUUACGUGAAAGUGGGCAGCUGCCCCCGCGAAAGGUCCUGUUCUGUACCGGAGGGAAUGGUUUGCAAACCGGACAAGAGUACCCAUUUCACGAUACUGAGGUGGAGGUGCCAGCAGAAGAACGCGGGGUUGACGUGCACGUGGAUACAUAUGAAGUAUCCAGUUGUAUUGGAAUGCAAAUGCGCAUGUGCGAGUUGAUUGAACGCAGAAUACAGCUCAACAGUGUUACGUGUCGCAUAGUUAAGUUUAUACACGUAAUAUAUGAUUUUGUAUUAUGUCUCUUUGUCAGGUUAUGGUAAAAUGGGUUGCAGUGUUUGCAGAAACCACACCAAACGCAAACGUAAUAACACCUUUACCACAAAACCAUUUAAUCUUUACUGAAAUGUAUGAUUUAAGAGACUAUGGGCUGCUUGUUGCUAUUGUUAUUAUUAUUGUUAUAGUUGCAGUAAUAUUUUUAUAGGUAUCAGGAUAAAAUAUUAGAACGUUUGAGUAGUUACAAGUUAUGGAAUGGAUGAUGCCCUAUUUUCUUGUUGUGACAAUUGUAAAUAUGCAGAAACAUUAUAACGACUUUAUAAAAUGUUAAAUGUGGCUAUUUAUUCCUAAUAUUGUAGCUGUUUUAUACAUCGGUAAAA